AGAGGCUCUUUUACCGCAGCUGCCCUUCGCCGGCCCCGGCCGUUCGCCGCAGGGGUGCAGGCACCACCUGCCCGCUUUCCCCGGGCGCCGCGGGGCCCUUCACUGGAGCAGGCAGAGGCGCCAGGGCCCCCCCGAAGCGGGGAGGCGGCGGUGCGGGCACAGCCCGGGGGUCGGUCGGGGGAGGCCGCCCGUCCCGUCUGGCUCUGCCUGAGCGGCGUUGCCCUCCCCUGGGUUUGCCCACCGGCCAUGCCUCGGCGGGCCCGGUGGCUGCGUGGCUUCCCUUCCCUUCCGGAGUUGAAAACAGCAGAGGCUUUAUUUUUGGUCGUUUGGUUAUUUUAAUUUCCGUUCCUGCGGAAGAUUUGAGGGAGAGGGGGCUGGGGAGGAAGUGUGGCGGCUCUGGUGGGAGCCCGUCUGGUCAGGUGCAGAGGUGUCUCGGGAAGGAGUUGGUCUGGCCCUUCCCAAAGGUAGUCCCGGGAUGCUCUUCCCAUAACUGGAUGGAGCGUGUUGGCCUAAAACGCUGCGUCCCCGGUCUCACUGGGGGACGGCGUUGAUGCUGUUGAGGACAGGCCCCCAGUCUGCUCCCUCUGGCUCCUGGGUUGGAAGCCGGCCUGCAGCACAGCCGGAUCUUUAACUGUGGAGUAGAGGUGCAGGUGUCUGGGCACACAGGUGGAUUUGCCUGGACAGGGGGUUGCCCCAGCUCCCCCUGCACCUCCCACGCUGGCAUUCCUCCCUCCUGUGCUAGUGGGGGGUUUAUAACUGUUACUUAGUCUCACAUGAAAAGACCUGGAAGACCUCAGAGCUUUCUCCAUUGACAUAUAGAAGAAUAUAUACCGAUUCUGCUACAACUCACAAGAAAAAUGAUAUUCAUCCAGCAUUCCUGAGUAAUAAGAAUGGGUCCAGAUGUACCUCUGCUGAAUGAUUACAAACAGGAGUUCUUCUUGAAGCGCUUUCCACAGACUCUGCUGGGAGGUCCCCGGUUUAAAUUAGGCUAUUGUGCCCCUCCUUACGUAUAUGUGAAUCAGAUUAUUCUUUUCUUGAUGCCAUGGGUUUUGGGAGGAGUAGGAACACUUUUGUACCAAUUAGGUGUUAUGAAAGACUACUAUACCGCAGCACUUUCAGGAGGACUGAUGUUUGUUACUGCACUUAUUCUUCAGAUGACAAAUCUAUAUGCAAAGCAGAAAACAGUGACAGUAGAAAGAAUGCAAAUUCAGAAUACCCUAACAGAUGAAGAUGAGUUUGAAUUUUCCAGCUGUGUAGGUUCAGAGACAGUAAAAUUUAUUAUUCCUGGCAAGAAGUAUAUAAUCAACACUGUGUUUCAUUCCCUUCUGGCAGGGGUAUUGUGUGGGUUGGGAACUUGGUAUUUGCUGCCAAACAGAAUAACCUUGCUAUAUAGCAACAUUGGAGGAACUGUUAUGAUCUUUGUAUUUGGAUGGGUGACUAUAUGUAUAGGAGAGUAUUCAUUAAUCAUAAAUACAGCUACCGAAACAGCUACUUUCCAAGCACUGGAUACUUAUGAAAUCACUGCUCUGAUGAGACCUUUCUAUAUUUUUGUCUUUAUUGCAGUGGAUCUUGCACACAGGUUUGCUGUCAACACACCCAUUCUAGAACAGACAAACCAGAUUUUGCACAUCAUAUUUCUUUUUCUGCCAUUCUUAUGGGCAAUGGGAAUUCUGCCCCCGCUUGACGCACUUUUUCUAUGGGGAAUGGAACAACUGUUGGAGUUUGGACUAGGAGGUUCACCUAUGUCAAGUAACACAAAGUUAUUAGUAAUGUUUCUCAUUUCUGCUGGAACAGCAAUAGCAUCGUAUUUCAUUCCCAGCACUCUCGGUGUGAUCCUCUUCAUGACUGGAUUUGGGUUCAUACUGAGUCUUAACCUAAGUGAGAUUGGUUUUGCCUUCAAACACACCAUGAUCAGCCAUUUAGCCUCCAGCAAAUCAAAAAAUAUGCACAGAGGUCUUAGAAUACAAUUUGGGUGGAGGGAAUUUAUUUUUUAUUUGACUGUGUUGACAUUUGCUCUCAUAGAAGCUAGUCUGCUGCAUCAAUUUGCAGGCUUUUCAUCAUUUUCCAAGGCCAGUCCACAGGCUAUAGCGAGUUACAUUCUGAUCAUAUUACUUAUAAUUAUGUGGAUUCUUAGAGAGAUUCAGAGAGUGUACUUGUUUGGAGUCUUCCGAAACCCCUUUUAUCCAAAGGAUGUCAGGACUGUGACUGUGUUCAUGGAGAAGCAAAGAAGGCUAAUGAAAGUUGGUGUUGUCAGGAGGAUUUUACUAACACUAGUGUCUCCGUUUGCUAUGAUAGCAUUCCUGUCACUAGACCGUUCACUACAAAAUCUUCAUUCUGUGUCUGUUUGCAUUGGAUUCACAAGAAUAUUUAGGAUGGUCUGGCAGAAUACAGAAAACGCCCUACUGGACAUAGUGGUUGUGUCAAUAGCACAAAUGUUGGUGUUUAAUCCAGACCUCUGGUGGAACAGGAGCCUUGAUACAGGGAUCAGACUCUUGCUGGUUGGUAUCAUACGUGAUCGAGUGCUUCAGUUUGUCUCAAAGUUGCAGUUUGCCAUAGCUAUUCUUUUGACAUCAUGGACGGAGAAGAAACAACGUCGUAAAUCUACCGCCACCUUAAUCACACUCAAUGUCAUUUUCUUCCCAAUCCUGCUGACCUUCAUUGCCAUCUCUGCGCUCCUUUCUUCUCCCUUGCUGCCGCUCUUCACGCUACCGGUAUUUUUGAUUGGGUUUCCCAGGCCUGUCCGAAGCUGGCCAGGACCUGUGGGCGCUACAGCAUGUGUUUGCUCCGAUACCGUGUACUACCAGCAGAUGGUUCCAAGUCUGGCUCUUGCUCUGCAAUCUGCACUAGCAGCGGGUAGCCUAGGUCUCUCUCUACCUGGAUCACAUUACUUGUGCCGUUUUCAGGACAGACUGAUGUGGAUAUUGGUGCUAGAAAAAGGCUUCACUUACUGUGGUGUUAACAUUAAGGGGCUAGAAUUGCAGGAAACAUCCUGUCAUGCUGCUGAAGCUCACAGAGUUGAUGAAAUUUUUGAAAUGGCCUUCGAACAUCAGGAGCACACAAAGAUUCUCUCUCCUAAUCACCAUUUUGGACACAUUUUGACUCCUUGUACUGUUCUACCUGUACGGCUGUAUUCUGAUGCCAGAAACGUGUUAUCUGGAAUAAUUGACUCUCAUGAGAAUUUAAAGCAUCUGAAAGAUGAUUUCAUUAAAGUGCUUGUAUGGAUGCUUGUCCAGUAUUGUUAUAAAAAAUCAAAAACUUGGGAAAGCCCAGGCAAUGCCGACACGAACAAAAAAAGAUCAUUUCCAGAAAAUCGGCAUAGCAGUGCAGUAGAAAGAUCCAGGCCUCUGAGGGAAGAAGAUAGCUUUAGUGUUGAUACAAUUGAGGACUGGACUGAUGAUAGUGACGUUUUUGAUCUUGAACCCAGUGGCAGAAUGAAAGACAGAAAGGAACCUGGGCAGUUGGGAACUACACCAAAAGUACAUCUGUCUAUUCCAGGAUCUGUAGAAACACAUAACCAAGAAGUCCCACAAGAAAUGUCACCAGAAGAUAAAUUAUACAGGGCUGUUGUGCUUGGGCUUCCUGCAGUAGACAAAGGGAAACACCAACAAGUGUUACCUCAGGUUGAAUUUAGUUGCUCUUACUCAGAGCUAUUGAGCAUCCCUGAAGAAUGGAGAACAGCCCCAGUGCCUUCUUCCAAAGUCAAUGAAAUGAGGCAGAGGUUUCCAGAAGAAUGGUACCACUUCAUUUUGAGUCAACUGGACUUUUUUCAUCUGAAAGAAAAGCCUUCCAACUUACUUGAAGACCUUAUGAAAGAUAAAGCUUUGAAAGACUUAUACAUCCAUGGAGUAUUGUCGUGUUGUUUUGGUCUGUUUGGACUGGAUAACACCGUGCCUGCCCCGAGCCAUGUGUUUAGAGCGUACGCUGGUGGUAUUCCAUGGUCUGUUGGUUUGGACUGGCUAACCAGCAAACCGGAGCUAUUCCAACUUGCAUUAAAAGCAUUCAGAUACACUUUUAAACUUAUGGUUGACAAAGCAAGCCUGGGUCCAGUUGAGAACUUCAAAGAGCUGGUUAACUACCUGGAAGAAUAUGAAAAUGAUUGGUACAUUGGACUGGUAUCAGAUCUUGAGUGGCAGCAAGCAGUUCUUCAGGAAAAGCCAUACCUUUUUUCCCUGGGGCAUGACCCAAACAUGGGAAUUUACACUGGGCGAGUUCUCACUCUUCAGGAAUUGUUAGUACAAGUGGGAAAACUUAAUGACGAAGCUGUCCGAGGUCAGUGGGCAAAUCUGUCCUGGGAGCUGCUGUACGCUACAAAUGAUGAUGAAGAACGCUACAGCAUCCAGGCACACCCUGUUCUUCUGCGAAACCUUACUGUGCAAGCUGCGGACCCACCUCUUGGCUACCCCGUUUAUUCAUCUGAACUUCUGCAUCUGCCUUUGUUCUAGAAUGUCGGUAGCACUGUUUUUUGGGGUUUUUUUUGUACUUUCCAUCUGUAUGUUUGGAAUCAAAUGUUCAUGCUACAUUUAUACACUACAAAUAAGAUUUUACUCUCAAAAUGGCGUUGGAUGGCAGUGCCAAGCCAGCGUAUGUAAUUUGCACAGAAAUGGUGCUAGCCAGAACCUUCAGCAGGCAGGAAGUUUUGAACCGUUUUCUUGCUGCUGGAACAUGUGGGACACCAUUGCUUGUGUGGCUGAUGAGCCAGGAGAUGCUGAAAUUCUCUUCUCCAGUUUAGAGAAGAGCAGCAGAAUUCUGAUCAUUAACUGGUUUUGGUACAUUCUGAUUUUUUUUUUUUUUUUUUUUUUUUUUUUUUUCCUUGGACAGGUGACUUGCACUGACAGUCAGGUUACAGCUCACUGUAGUACCGUCAACCGCAGAGUUGGUAACCAAAGUGUACAUAAGACUAUUUAUAUGAAUUUUUUUUAUUCUGGCCAUUUUGUAUUGGACUGAGUUCAGUUUUAGCAUUUGUUAUAAUAUAUGACUUUCGCUGAUCUUCCUUAGCUGUAGUAAGUUAUCGGCUAUGCUUUAACAAAGUAAGUUGUAAGGGAUGAUUUUUACCAAAAUACUUGUUUUGGGGGCAAAGAGAAUUUAUAUAAAACAGUGUGCAUUCUGACACAUUAAUAACUUGUGUGACCUCCUGAUGAAAGAAGUAAACAUGUAAUUAGGGGAGAGAAGGAAUUUGAGUCCAAAUGGAUUAAUUUUAUCUCCUUCUUCCACUAUCCAUGUAUUUUUUUAUGUAUCUGUAUAUGUUGUUGUUUGCAACCUAUGUCCACAUCAGUAACCAGUCUUCCACAAAUACAGUGAGAGCUUGAUGGGCAGGGGGGGCAGAAAUCCACCUGUCUGUGCUAGAAGUAAUUUAUUUUUUUUAACCUUACCACAGGUUAGAACAAAAUUUGGCAAUUGGUUUGUAAUAUUACAGGUCUCCUUGAAAACAGGUCUGGGUCGUCUCUCCAGUGGCUUGUUUAUCUUGUUUGUUACCACCAGUCAUGAGCACAUAAACGUGUUUUCUCUGUAGAGCAGUAGCUACAGUGUAGUUACUGCUGGCAUAUGCCCAGCAGGGUGUAGGUAAUUGUCUGUCUUUAACCUGCAGAAUCAAUUUAAAUGAGAUCUGCUCCGUAACUGAAUUAGUACCGGUUUAGAACACCCAGUGUUGUAUAACUUGGAGCACGUUUACUACUUUUACUCCUCUAAGACCUUUUUGUAUUAGGUAAAAUUUGUCACAGGACUGCGUACUGUGUACUCGGCUCUUAACUGUUUCUUUUGAUCUGUGACCAUAAUGAUUUUAAAGAAAUAUGCAAACCUUGUAGUGGAAUUCGGAAGUGGUAAGGAAACACCUGUCAGACUCCAUGGUAUAACACUCUAACACGCAGGAUGAAAUCCAUGUAGAACAUUAAUGGAAGCACCUUUUAGAAGGGGGUUGUUUGGUGUGCAGGAGCAUAAAUAACAAAGUCCUGAUAACCUAAAAUCGCCUUGCUUGGCCACGAACUGCAUCUGGAAGUACAGAAUCACGGGAACAGAUCUGGAAGGGCUUUUAGAGAGCACCUAUUUCAGCUCCCUCUCAAAAGGAACCACUCCUGGCAAAUGUUUAAUCUGCUUUAAAACUUUCAAUACCAGGAGUAUCAUGAACUCGUCAAGUAGUUCGCUCCAGUUCUCUGCUGUUCUUGCAGCAGCUGGAAAGUUGGGGUUUUUUCCUAAACCCAAUUAAACCUUCCUGCCUCAUUGUAA